GCACCUGGUCUCAGGAGCGUUGGAGGCGGAGCUCGGUGAGGUGGGUGGCCCCAGUCGGAGGGUGAUGGUGGUGAAACCUGAUGGAUCCUUCAGUGACGGAACAAGACACUCUGUGAUCAUCACUAUCAACAGGAAGUCUCUGUCCCUGCAGGUGGAUGAGGAACACAUGAAGUCCGUCUCUCUGUUUUCUGGAGGAUUUUCCCGUCUGUCUCCAGCCUCUUUCUUCAUUGGUGGGCUGCCAUCAGGGGAGGAGACUCGUCUACCAAUCAGAUUACAGGAUGUGUCCAGGUGGUUCAGAGGUUGCAUCCAACACCUGGUGGUGGGCAGGGCGCUCAUUGACCUAUCAGGAGCCGUGAGGUACACAGGUGUGGAGCUCGACAGUUGCCUAUUGGAGGAGAGAGUUGGGGGGGUGGUGCUUCCUGAUGAUCAGGGUUUAGAACCAACUCCUGACCCCGACCACCUGCCUUUAGCCCCGCCCACACACCUGAGCGCCUUCACACCUGGAGCGCUGACGUGCGUGUCGGAGGCGGAGCCACCUUCCUGCAGUCAGCGGCUCAGUUUGGUUGUCCAAACACAGUCAAUGAUCUCAUCAUCAACCCCGCCACAGUCAGAAAGAG